AAAAAUUAUGAGUUGUCAAAUGUGAUGUUUACUUAAGGAGUGUUAACCUAUAUUUCGUUUACAUUAAUUUGUUUUAAUUACCCGAUUAAAAUACGCCGGAAAAAUGGAAAAUACACAGUACAGCACGUUCAAAACAAUUUUAGUGUAUAGUGCUUUCAUUCUAUUGGCUCCCAUUUCGUCGUUUUUCAUAGCGAAAUUUAUCAUCUUUGAAGGUAUCUUUGGACUGAACAAUUUACCCAGCAACGUGUGGUCAGCAGUAUUGGCAGUAAUUGUUCUACAUGUAGCUUUAGGAAUGUACAUUUAUAGGGCCUAUUUUGAGGCUGAAAAAGUCAAACCUGAUAUGAAGGUGGAUUAAAGCAAAAUGCUCCCUUUUUUACAUGUUCUUAAUUAUCAUUGUUGUUUAGUUAUGUAAUAAAUAUACCAUAUUAAUAAAUUUCAUUUGUAAUA